AUGUUGACGCCAACAAACAAGGUUAUGGUAAGUGGGUACACAAACCCAAACGUGGCAAGGGGUUUGCGUACAAAAGAGGAACAGGGAAUGGUUGAAAGUGAAUGCAAGAGACUGAGAAUUGUCUUCGUUUCGUUGAAUAAAAAGAAACCGAUGAAAGGUGCCGCGAAAAAACUGAGACCCACACAUAAAUGCAAGGAUGAACAACUUUCAAAGAAGACAAAAGAUAUAGUGCACACAACUUCCUCCAAUAGAGGACAAGAUUGA